AUGUCCAGUAGAACCCUCGCGGACGGCUUCGUCUUCACCAAGCCUCGAAUCGAGCUAGGACGGCACGUCAGCUCGCCAUUGAGCACUCCGCUUUGGCCGCCGCACGUCGUCGACGUCGAUCUACACCACCCCGACCUCUCCGGCCUCGCCGAGCUUGCCUACGCCCUCUAUCCGAGUGCCGCCCGACCCCGCCUCCCUCGACCCCGCGCCGCUGCGCCACCUCGCCUCCGCCCGCCGGUGCGCGCCGCCACCUCACCGGACCCCAGGAGCCCCGCCGCCUCGCGCUACUGCCUGCGUCGCAUCACGCGCCGCCACCUCCCCACAAGCUCGCCGCCCAGCCGCGGAAGCCUCGUCGCCGGUCGCUCCGACCUCGAGAUCCGCCGCCGCCCCACGCUGCCUCGCGCCCGUUGCGCCGCUCCGUCAGGUCGCUGCUGCUGGUGGCGUGAUUGCCAUCGCUGUGAGAUUGCAGCUGUUCUUGGCGCCGCUUCUCGUCGUGGUCGCUGCCAUGUGGAGGCUGCUCCCACUCCCCUGCUCCUUGCGUCGUCGUGGCCGCCGCUGCUGCCAACGGAGCACGGGCUGCUGCUGGCCAUCGGCCCACCUCCGGUAUGCCAACAGCUUGAGGAACAUGUCUAUAUGCGUGUAAAUCCUGAGGAUGACAUGCAUGGGAGUCUUGGGAGUAGCAUCCUCCUCGCUGCACGGGCCUCCUCCUCGCCGGAGUGACGCCCCUUGCUGGAGCAGCGCCGGCCAAGCCCAUCGGCCACCAGUUGCGUCCUUGGAUCAGUUUCCCACAGGCAGCAUGUUGUUCCUACUCCUCUACCUACUACAGCAGCACAAUGUUCUUCUGUAUUGCAAUAGAGUAGGAGUAUUUGCUAGAGUAGCUAGGACGUACAACUAUGGUUAAUUGCCGUCAUGUGUAUUGUUUUGUUAGAGCAGAUGGCUCCCAUGAUCCCAUCAAUUUCGCAUCGCUGGAUGCUUUAUGUACACAUGCACGGAUCUGUCAUAACUUUACACUAAUUUAAGAUUGUCUUGAUCUGAA